AUGAUCCCCACGUUCGUCCGCCGGCGUCCAUCCGGAAAGGAAACGGGCACGUUCCUGGCGCUGGAUCUCGGCGGCACCAACCUGCGAGUCUGCCAAGUGACCCUGAAUGGCGACACCACGUAUAGCCUGGUGCAGCAAAAGUUCACCAUCACGCAGGAUGCCAAGGAGAGCAGGCUUUGGGAUUUCAUUGCCGACUGUGUAGGCAUUUUCCUCGAGGAGCAUGGCUUGAGCCCGGCACCUGGGAAGAGGACUAUUCCUUGUGGGUACACUUUUUCGUUUCCGAUUUUCCAGACCGGCAUUGCGUCGGGGAACCUUUCAAUGUGGAACAAGGGGUUUACUGUGCCCAACUCGGUCGGUCGCGAUGUGGUCAACUUGACCCAGUCGGCAUUCCAGCGCAACCAUGUGCCCGUGGAGGUCGUCGCUGUGCUUAACGACACAGUCGGCACCCUGAUGACUUCUGGGUACUCGCACCCUGAUACCCAGAUGGGUAUAAUCUUUGGAACUGGUACAAAUGCUGCGUACUGGGAGAACAUGGAGAACAUUCCCAAGUGGACUGGCGCAGAUCGCAAGGGCGAGAUGGUUGUUAACAUGGAGUGGGGAGCCUUUGAUAAUGCCACAGAGGUUUUGCCAUACACGAUGCACGACAACAAGCUCAACCGCAAGUCAUCUAACCACGGACUGCAGGUCUUUGAGAAGAUGAUCUCGGGUCUAUUCCUCGGCGAAGUGGCACGAAAUGCCAUUCUGUCGCUUGUCGACCAGCGCUUGCUCUUCGAGGGCCGCUCGUCUGAGAUCCUCAACAAGUCCUACACCUUUGAUACCGCCUACAUGUCGGAGAUUGUAGCGGAUGACUCUAAGGACCUACGAGGCGUCAAGACUAUUUUGGAGUCCACGCUGGAUAUCCCGCCGACCACUUUUGUCGAUCGCCAGGUUGUCAAGAACGUAUGCGGCAUGAUUGGUACCCGAGGAGUGCGUCUGUCGGCUGCCGCCAUGUCUGCUGUUUUGCUUUCUCGCCCCGAGUUGAUGGAGAAUCCCCUUUCGGUGGGUAUUGAUGGCUCCAUGUACCAGUUUUAUCCUAAUUUCGAGAAGGAUCUCUAUAAUGUUUCGAGAACAUUUUUGGGUGACGAUUUUGUUAACAAUAGGCUCAGGCUGCAUUUGGCUAAGGAUGGUUCCGGUGUGGGUGCUGCUAUUGUUGCGAUGACUGUGGAGCACGAGCGCUCGUAG